ACUCUCCUGUGACCUUGAAAUCUGGUAAUUUGGAUAAUAUGGUUGCGGUUGAGGAUGAGAAUCAUGGGGUUUUUGGUUUGGAUCGGAAUUCAUAUCCUAGCCACCUUUCGAAUCUAGACCCAGGUGAUGAUACUGCCGUGGCCGACUCACUGGAUCCCGAGCAGCAGGGGGGUCUCAAUCAGGAAGUGGAGGCUACUGUGGAUGUUGGUCUGAAAGUCGGUAUUGAUCUGAACGGUUUUGAAGAUGUAACUAGGAAUCUGGUCAUUGAAGACGGUGUUUCAAAUGGUUUACAAUGAAUUGUUUAUCCAUAAAUUUAAGGGGGGUUAGGGAUUCUCGCAAGGUGGAUUGGGUUCGUGGUAUAAAAACUAGUCACGGGAUCCACUUCAUGGCAAUCCAAGAAACCAAGCUGGGGGAUUCCUCUAGUUUUUUGUUCAGUAGUUUUUGGGGGCGCUCGAUUUUUGAUUUGGCAGUUGUUGAUUCUCAUGGCAGAUCCGGAGGCCUGGCAUGCCUUUGGUGCCCGUCAGUGGCGGAUCUAGGAUUCCGACCAAGCGGUAACGUUUUAUAAUUAGGCGGUAACGAAAUCGAAAAAACGUCAAAUUUUUCCAAAAUUUACACUAAAAACGUCAAAAAAUUUCCGACCAAGCGGUAGCGGAGGCUACCCCUUGUUACUACAUACAUCCGCCCCUGGUGCCCGUCAAUAUUCUCGUGUGACAAUGUCAUUAAGAACCGGUACUUUCUUGUUGUGUCGGGAGUCUUAGUGCAAUCUGGGGGCCGUAUAAAUCUAGUAAAUGUAUACGCUCCGAAUGAUGCGGUGCUUCGGAGGGCGGUGUGGAUUGAUUUACUUGCUAUUAGGAACUCCCUUCAGGGUAUAUGGGCGUUCAUGGGAGACUUCAAUGAUGUGCGAGUCGAGUCUGAGCGAAUGAAUUCGGAGUUUGUCGCAGCUAACGCUGAGGCGUUUAAUCAAUUCAUCCUUUCGGCCGGCCUUCUUGAAUACAAUAUGGGUGGUGGAAAGUUCACAUAUAUUUCGGAUAGGGGUGACAAGCUGAGUAAAUUAGACCGAUUCUUGGUUUGCCUCGGCUUCAUGGAGAGGUGGCCGACGGCUUCUCUAUUGGCUUUGGAUAGGGAAGCUUCUGAUCAUCGACCUCUUAUUUUGUCCACCGUGCAAUCGGACUUUGGCCACAUCCCGUUCAGAUUCUUCAAUUCAUGGUUCGAGUUCCCUGGCUUUAUUGAUCAUGUCCUACAUUUGUGUGGCGUGUUUUCUUUUUCAGGUCCUGAAGAUUUGUCUUUGUCGAUAAAACUAAGAUGGCUGAAAAAUAAUAUUAAGGCAUGGUUAAAAGCGGAGAAGCAUCGGUCGGAGGGAUUAUACGAUGGUAAAAAGAGCCGAGUGGCGGUUCUUGAUAGUCUGGCAGAGGAACGGCCGUUGGGGUUAGAUGAACUAUCAGAGAGGGCUGAAUGCAGGAUUUUUGUGGAGGAUUUCGAUAGGUUAAGGCAAAUGGAUAUACGACAAAAAUCACGUGCAAGAUGGGCAUUAGAGGGGGAUGAAAAUUCAGCCUUUUUUCACCAUAUUAUUAACUCAAAUAUUAGUAAUAAUCGGGUGAACGGUCUAUUGGUUGGUGGGGUGUGGGUGACGAAUCCGAUGGCCAUAAAAGAAUGUUUUUUCGAUUUUUUCCGUAAACAAUUUGCUGAGCCAAUGGAAGCGAGACCCGGUAUUGUGUGUCCUAAUUUGGCAACCAUUACUGAGUCUGAAGCCGAGCUCCUUAUAGCCCCCUUCUCUAAUAGUGAGAUAAAGGAUGCCAUAUGGGAAUGUGAUGGCGACCGGGCACCCGGACCGGAUGGAUUUAACUUUAAAUUUAUCAAGAGAUGCUGGGUAGGAUUACAGGACGACUUCACUCGGCUAUUCAAUAGAUUCCACAAUGAGGGGUCGUUAAAUAGCUGUUGCUCUUCAUCGUUCAUUGCAUUGAUUCCGAAGGUAAAAGACCCGACGACGCCUUCGGAUUUUCGCCCUAUUAGCUUGAUUGGAGUCAUAAAUAAAGUAAUUUCAAAAGUAUUGGUGAACCGUCUGAAGGGCGUUAUCGGGAAGCUUAUUUCGGAAGAGCAGUCGGCUUUUUUGGCAGGGAGGAGCAUUAUGGAUGGUCCUCUUAUUUUAAAUGAAGUUAUGGGGUGGCUUAAAAAAUCAAAAAAGAAAGGUAUGUUCUUUAAGGUGGACAUUAGUAAAGCCUAUGACUCGGUCAGUUGGGUCUUCCUUGACUCAAUCAUGUCUCAAAUGAAUUUUCCAAGGCGUUGGAGGAGUUGGAUUAUGGCAACACUUCACUCGGCUAGAGCUUCGGUUUUAGUGAAUGGCUCGCCAUCCAUGGAAUUCCAGUGUACUCGUGGUCUUCGGCAAGGUGAUCCGCUAUCACCGUUCCUGUUCGUGAUCGCUAUGGAAGCCUUAACGGGGAUAAUGAAAGAGGCCGUCACCGUUGGAUUAUUUAAUGGUAUUCAAUGUACAAACGAGGGCCCGUGCCUUUCGCAUUUCUCUUAUGCGGAUGACGUGAUGUUUCUUGGGGGUUAUCUGAAUGUCAUAAAUCUUCGUAGAAUCUUAUGUUGCUUCUAUUUGACAUCCGGGUUGAAGGUUAAUCUAGCCAAGUGUAGUGUGUAUGGCAUUGGUGUGAGUGAUCAAGAGGUUCAAAGCAUGGCGGGUCUCCUAAAUUGCAAACCGGGUGUUUUUCCAUUUAAACACCUUGGAUUGCUAGUUGGAGCCAAUAUGAAUCUAGUUCGCAAUUGGAAAUCGGUGGUGGAAAUUUUUAGGAAUCGCCUAUCAAUUUGGAAGGCUAAACACCUCUCAUAUGGUGGAAGAAUCACGCUUCUCAAGUCGGUAUUAAACUCUUUACCCACAUACUAUUUUUCAUUGUUUAAAGCUCCGGUGCAAGUAUUAGAGUCUCUUGAAAGAAUUCGAAGGGUUUUCUUUUGGGGCGGGUCGGAAGAAAAGGCGAAGAUGAAUUGGGUGGCUUGGGAGAAGACCAUCGGGCCAAUCGAAUACGGUGGACUCGGUUUUGGAUCUCUUAAGGAUGCUAAUUUAGCAAUGCUUGCUAAGUGGUGGUGGCGUUUUAAGACGGAAAAAACCGGGUUAUGGCGGAAGGUAAUAUGGGCUAUUCAUCACAACUCUAGGUCAUGGUCGGCAAUCCCGGCAAAAGUCUCAAUAGCAGGUCCUUGGAAGCAAAUUGUGAGUAUUCAUGAUGCGCUACUCAAAGUUGGUAUCGAUUUGAAGAAAGCUAUAUCAAUUUCGGUAGCAAACGGGUCGUGCACCUCCUUUUGGCUAGAUAGUUGGGUUGGAGGGUUUCCAUUAUACACGGUAUUCCCUAGGCUUUUCUGUCUUGAAUGCUCAAAACUUUGUUCGGUGGCUGAUCGUUUGGGGGGAGGCAGCAACGGGCAACAGUUUAACUGGAACUGGGCCAGGCCCAACCUGUCCAGUGAUGAGCAGCAAGACAUCCGAGUCCUCACGACCCUGUUGGAUGCUUUUGUUUUGUCUACUGAUUCGGACACAGUUAUGUGGCAAUAUGAUGGGUCAGGAUUGUUUACAGUUUCGAGCAUAAAAAAGAUCAUCAGUUCAUUUAAUAGAUCGCGGCCGAAUCGGGUUUUUGUUUGGAAUAAUUGGGUUCCGAAGAAAGUGGGGAUUGUUGCUUGGAGGGCGGACAUGGAAAGGUUACCUACCAGGUCUGCGUUGGCGGUACGAAAUAUAAAUGUUCCAGAUUCAACAUGUGCUUUUUGUGGCGAAUAUGAGGAAUCAAGUAACCAUAUCUUUUUAUCAUGCCAUUUUGCCCAAACAAUUUGGCAGAAUGUCGCAUUAUGGUGUAAAAUCCCAUCUAUUGUGGCAUUUGACAUCAAAGAUUUAUUAGAGCUACAUGCUUACAGCCCGGGGUCAAGGAAGAAGAGAAAAGCGAUACACGCCAUCGUUUUGGUUGUAAUCUGGUGUAUUUGGCGGAUGCGAAAUGAGAUUGUUUUCAACCAUUUGCAGCCGGAGUUUAUUAAAGUUCUGGAAGAAGCGAAGUCGUUGAGCUAUUUGUGGAUAAAAAAUCGAUCGAAAGUGGCUUCUAUAACAUGGGAGGACUGGAACAGACAUGUUCAUAUCGAAAAGAAAACAUGAUCCGGCACACUAUAUGCUCAAGAUCGAGUCGUUUUCUUUUCUUUCAGAAGAUCACACCUCGAAAAUUGAAUCUGAUAUUUUUGAAGCUAGCGGUCACAAAUGGAGACUAGAUUUGUACCCAAACGGAAAUGGUGAAGACGAUGAUUGUAGCCACAUUUCUUUGUAUGUGGGAAUAUGUAACACUGAUAGUUGCUUACAAGGGUGGGAUGUCUGUGUUGAUGUUACUUUCUUUGUUUAUGAUCAUAUACAGCACAAUUUUGUAACCUUUCAAGAUGUGAAUGGGCAUCGGACAAGGUUCCAUGGGAAGAAGACAACAUGGGGUUUUGACAAAUUAAUUUCUUUGGAGUCUUUUACGGAGAGUAAAAAUGGGUACCUUUUCAAUGAUUCAUGCGUUUUUGGAGUUGAGGUUACUGCAGUUCCAGAGUUUACAAAAAUGGAUCGGUGGCUGUCGAUGACAAAGCUUCCAACAACUAUGAAUACUUACACUUGGACCAUUAAUAAAUUUUCAGCUGUAACAGAGGAGCGAGUGUAUUCAGAAGCGUUUAAACUUGGCAAAAUGAAGUGGAAAUUGUCACUGUAUCCGAAAGGAAACAAAUCAUAUACACAUUUGUCAAUCUAUUUAGGUGUGCAUGAUGCUGCUUUGCUUCCUGAUGGUUGGAAAGUGUAUGCCAAGUACAAGAUUCGGGUUAAAUGUCAGGGUACUGGAAGUGAUAUACAAAGAGAAACUACAAAUGGCUGGUUCGACAACGCUACUGAUAGUUGGGGUUUUUCAUCUUUUAUGCCAUUGAGCCAACUUAUGGACUUUGAAAAUGGCUUCUUGUUGGAUGAUACUCUUAUUGUUGAAGUCGAGGUUUCAGUGAUGGGGAUGCUCAGAAAUUUUAUCUGAAACAUGGUGGUCUUGGUUUUUAUUUUGGCUUGCUGGUUUAAAGUGGAUGUUUGAGCUUAAUAUAUAUUUGGCAUUAUUGCUGUUAA